AUAAUUAGAUUGGAAAUGAUGUCUACAACUACAACAAUAGCAGCAACAUCUGCUGAGAAGGAUUCACUGUUACCAUGGGUAGAGAAGUAUAGACCCAAAGAAAUCAAAGACAUUGUUGGAAAUGAAGAGACUGUCUCUCGUCUACAAAGUAUAUCAAAGGAUGGCAAUCUACCAAAUAUCAUUAUAUCCGGUCCACCAGGUACAGGUAAAACAACUAGUAUACUAUGUCUUGCACAAGCAUUGCUGGGACCAAACUAUAGAGAUGCUGUAUAUGAGUUGAAUGCAUCGGAUGAUCGUACGUUGGAUGUUGUACGUGACAAGAUCAAGUCGUUUGCACAAAAGAAGGUGACACUGCCACCUGGACGACACAAGAUCAUCAUUCUAGACGAGGCGGACAGUAUGACAUCGGGCGCACAACAAGCACUGCGUCGUAUCAUGGAGAUAUACUCGUCGACCACACGUUUCGCACUGGCGUGCAAUCAGUCGACCAAGAUCAUCGAGCCCAUCCAAUCGAGAUGUGCCGUGCUGCGAUACACACGUCUCUCUGACUCGCAGAUCCUCAAGCGUCUGCUCGAGGUGAUUGCGGCCGAGGGCGUGCCACACACCAACGACGGCCUCGAGUCGAUCAUCUUCUCGGCCGAAGGUGAUAUGCGUCAGGCGCUCAACAACCUCCAGUCAACAUUCACAGGCUUUGAGCUGGUCAAUGCCGAAAACGUCUUCAAGGUGUGCGACCAACCGCACCCAGUCAUUGUACAGAACACGCUGCUCAAGUGUGCCGAGGGCAACUUCAAGGAAGCCUACGACUUUACCAAGGCCCUGUACGCCAAGGGCUACAGUCCAAUCGAUAUCAUCACCACAUUCUUCAAGGUGGCCAAGAGUUUGUCGCUGCCCGAGUACCAGAAGCUCGAGUUCCUCAAAGAGAUUGGUAACACCAACAUGCGAGUGUCUGCCGGUGUUAACUCACUACUGCAGCUCUCUGGUCUGCUUGCCAGACUCUGUAGUAUCUCUUUGUCUAUUAAGAAAUAA